AUCUCUCACACCCACUUCGCACAGAAUCAAAAUGGAAGGCAGAGUUGCACAAGACGAAAAUACUGGCACCAAUGGAGUUUCCACCAUUCCUCUUCUUACUCCCUGCAAGAUGGCCAACUUCAAUCUUUCUCAUAGAAUUGUGCUUGCGCCAAUGGCCAGAAAUAGAUCUUACGGUAAUGUUCCUCAGCCACAUGCUAUCUUAUACUAUUGCCAGAGAAGCUCCAAGGGCGGCCUUCUUAUAGCUGAAUCCACUGGAGUUUCUGACACUGCUCAAGGGUGUCUAGAAACACCUGGUAUAUGGACAAAAGAGCAGGUUAAGGCUUGGAAACCUAUUGUUGAUGCUGUUCAUGCCAAAGGUGGGAUCUUCUUCUGUCAGAUUUGGCAUGUGGGGAGAGCCUCAAAUACAAGUUUUCAACCCAAUGGUCAAGCUCCGAUCUCUUCUACAGACAAGCCAAUAAAACCAUUGGUUGAAGCCAAUGGUGAAGUUAUUCAAGAAUUCUCAUCUCCACGGCGUUUAAGGACUGAUGAAAUUCCUAAAAUUAUCAAUGAUUUUAGACUUGCAGCUAGGAAUGCCAUUGAAGCUGGUUUUGAUGGAGUUGAGAUUCAUGGAGCUCAUGGCUUCUUAAUUGACCAGUUUUUGAAAGAUCAAGUGAAUGAUAGAACAGACCAAUAUGGUGGAUCUCUGGAGAACCGCUGCAGAUUUGCUUUGGAAAUAGUUGAAGCUGUUGCCAAUGAAAUAGGAGCGGACAAGGUUGGAAUAAGACUAUCUCCCUUUGCAGCCUAUAAUGAAGCAGGAGACUCCAAUCCAAAAGCAUUAGGCCUGUACAUGGCUGAGGCAUUGAAUAAAUAUGGAAUUGUCUACUGCCACAUGGUUGAACCAAGAAUGAAAACAGUUGGAGAAAAGGUUGAAUCUGCUGACAGUCUAUUGCCCAUGAGAAAGGCUUUUAAAGGAACUUUCAUUGCUGCAGGGGGUUAUGACAAGGAAGAUGGAAACAAAGCAGUGGCUGAAAAUCGUGCAGAUCUUGUGGCUUAUGGUCGUUUAUUCUUGGCCAAUCCGGAUUUGCCUAGGAGAUUUGAACUCAAUGCUCCUCUCAAUAAGUAUAUCAGAGAGACUUUCUACACACAGAAUGCUGUUGUUGGUUACACCGAUUACCCAUUUUUGGAAUCCAUUGCUUGAGUUUUCUAGAUGCAGCUAGCCGUUCUCAAAUUUUUGUUUGGUUUCUUGAUAUGUAUUAUAUAUUUUAUAUACCAAUCAGCUGUUAGUCUGAAUUGAAAAAACUCAUUUUCUUUAAGUAAAAUCUCAAGUGUGAG